AAAUACGCAUUCCACACUGGGUCUGGAAGAUCAAUUUGUACGCUUAUUUCAAUACUCAACCUUUUUCCAGAAUGAAUGAGCAAGAAAGCAGGUAUGGAGGUGGCGAGGUCAUCGGAAUGUUUCCAAAGGCAGGACCUGGCCGUCGUCCCCAAGCCUGAUGACACCAAGGCGGAAGAACCAAAGGCUCGAAGGCCUUCUAUGGAUCCAUGGCCUUAUAUCAGCAAGUUACCUGAUGGUAGGAGGAUCAUAAUCUCAAGGAAGAACCCACCUACCGAGCAUCCUUGCGCUUAUACCGAGAUGCCCCCUGAUGAUCCUGGUCCUUUCUCUCAAAAAUCAAAGCUCCGUGUCACUGGUCCGCCCAUCCCUCGUGCGGCAGUCACUGGCCAAAUUCCUGGUAUGCUUUUGAUUUUCAUUUUCAGUUACAUGGAACUCGCUUGGGCCAUCUGUGUUAUGAAGGUACAUGUAUCAUUUGUUCCUUGGUGGAUGAACACAGUUCAACUCGAUGCCCGUACCUUAAUCUUCUCCCAAAGAAUGCAGCUGUUAGCAGUGGCUGUGACGUAGUUUGUACGGUUUGUCAUCGUUUGUUUUCAGGGCGCUGCUGUAACCAGGACGCUGGACGUGCUGAGCUCAGGUUAUGUAAUAAUUGUAUGAGGAUUGGUGACCACUGGACAUCUCAGUGCCCGCAGGAGGAUAGAUUUUUCUCUCUGAUCAGGAGAAAAGUAAAAUUUUGAGAAAAGUUGUCUUGUUUUAUAACGCGUUUUAUGUAUGUCUGAUGACUUUCGGUUUAUGUCAUAGAAUUUGUUGUGUAAUGUCAAUAUCUUAAUUUAAUGAAAAUAUGAUUUAAAAAACAUAUGUGAAGAUAUACUUUACAGAGUAGCUUUCUAGUUAUGCCAA